UCUAUCUAGCUAUCUAUCAGCAUAUUCAAAUCUAUAAAUCCAAAUAGAGAUCCAUUUGUAACUUUAUAGCAACGACUAAAUGGUAUUCUUUACUUAUAGCUAAACUACGGUGAUUGUAAUUGCAAUUUGUUUGUUUAUAUAAAAUAAAAGUUACGAUGAGGUAUCAGGUUGCAAAGUGUUGAUAUUGGGUUCACACAACAGUAUGUAAACAAACAAACAUACAGCUAACUGACAGGCAGACAAACAACUAAUUGACAAAAGAUAAUCAAAUAAUAUACAAAAAAAAAAAAAAAUUAACAUAUCUACAAAAGGAAAAAUCUUGUUUUCAUAAAUAGGACGUAAAAGUUUGUGUAAGAUCAGAGAUUAGAUAAAAGAAAACCAUCAAACUUGACUUCCUAAAUUGAUUUAGUUCGUUAUUGAUGACUUAUACAAUUUAAAAACAAGUACUUCUCUAGAAGAAUAAUAACCCCUGUAUUGAAACAAAAUAACUCCCUAAUCAAUCCCGGGUAUAUUAUCUGGGCCCGGAGUAUAAACCCAACCAUGAACCUUCUCUUAUUUAUCAUAUUUCUUCACAGAAUACUGGGGGCGGAGAGAGUUUGGCAAUGGAGCAACAGUUUAGCCACGCCCUCACAUUGGUCACAGGGGCGUAUCCCAUGUACAGGACAAGAUGUGGAAUUACCGAGUGAGAUUAUGUUCAUGUCAGAGACUGCUGAGUAUGGAAAGAUUUCGAUUGAGGAAGGGGGUGAACUAAUUUUUCCCAGUACUGCUAGUUUAACCCUACUGAACAAACCUCCUCCCACAAUGCACGGAAAAGUAAAAGAAGAAUGUUCAAUGCGUCUUGAAUCUGCAGUUUAUAUAUCCCGUCCCCCUGGUUCCUGGAUGGAUCCCUCGAACUGGAACUCAAAAUAUCCAACUCCAAUCCCACAUACACAACAGGUUCCAUGCAAACAUGACACCGCUGUCUUCCCACCAAAUAUGACUUACAAGGUUUCCUUGCAUGAACAAGAUGUCAGAAUUGGGGGUCUUAUUAUCUCCAAUAUUCAGAUGUCAGGGGUAGACUGGCGUGCGACUAAAGAUUCCAGGGUUGGAAGGAAAAUGUUUAAUUUUACAAAAACAUUAACUGUUUCUGGAACCUACUGUAAUGAUCCUACAGGAUGUAUGUGUGGUAAUGAGGAUUUAGAAUACAAGAUAUGUGAAAAUGCGCGGGGGAAAUGUGAGAAUGCAAACUGUUCCUCUCCUCUGAAACCUGCAGGACACUGCUGUUGGAAUGUAUGUGGUGCUGUGGUGAAUAUUGAACGAAAGAAGAACAAAAUAUAUAUGAAUCAUCUACAGAAUAUGGCCAGGAUGCAUGUUGGAGAUCAUUCUCAACAUCAUGUGAGCAGGGUUAAUGAAAACCUUUACCAGAUUAUAUUGGUCCCUAAUCCAGAUUAUAACCUAACAAAAACUGUUCUUGCUGCUAGAAAAUUGGGAGAUUGCUGCUAG